GGCAGCGCGGCCGGCCCGGGGCGGCGGAGCGGGAGCGGGAGGCGGGAGCGGAGCCGAGCGGGGCGGAGCGGGCGCGGGGGCGGGCGGGGCGAGGCCAGGCGGCCCCGCCGGGCAGGGCGCGCUGCGGCAUGGAUUACCCCGAGCCCGGCUCGCCGCAGGGCGCUCGCCACCUGCCCGGCCAAGCCGGCGGCUUCGGCAGCGGCGGCUACGAGCGCCGAGCCGCGGCGGAGGAGGAGGAACGGCGGAGGAGGAGGGAGGAGGCGGCUGCCCGCGCCCGCCCGCCCCGCCGCCCGCAUUCGCUCCGCGCCGCGCUCUCCACCUCCUCCUCCGAGGGCGACCCCGAGCCGGCGGCCGCCCCGCGGGAGCGCAGCCUCAGCGACGAGGCCGCCGCCGGAGACUUCGACUCGGCCGAGUCCGGCGCGUCGCUGCGGUACUCGACGGGCACGCGGCCGAGGGGCAGCGAGGGCGAGGGCGCGGGGCUGGGCAGCAGCGACAGCGGCGGCAGCGGCUUCUCGCUGGCGGCCACCGCGCUGCCCGAGAGGCGGCGGCCGGGCGGCGGCCGGCCCCGCUAUGAGGUGGCGGAGCUGGGCGCCGAGGAGGUGCGCUGGUUCUACCGCGAGGACCGCAAGACCUGGAAGCCCUUCAUCGGCUACGACUCGCUGCGCAUCGAGCUGGCCUUCCGCGCCCUGGGCAGCGGCGGCGGCGGCGCGGGGGAGCCGGCGGCCGUGGAGCCGGUGUGCGUGCGGAGCGGGCUCUACGAGGUGGACGUGGCCAGCGCCGAGAGCUACCCCGUCUAUUGGAACCAGACUGAAAAGAUCCCUGUAAUGCGUGGACAGUGGUUUAUUGAUGGCACUUGGCAACCUCUGGAAGAGGAGGAAAGUAAUUUAAUAGAGCAGGAGCAUCUCAACCGCUUCAAAGGCCAGCAGCUGCAGGAGAGCUUUGAUAUGGAAAUAUCCAAACCUGUUGAUGGGAAGGAGGUUCUCUACUACCUCCCUCCCUUCUCCCUCCCUUCUUUGUUCAAAUGGAGAGGAUAUAAGGAGAAAUCAGAUGCUGCAUGUCUUAAGCGAAAGCAUUCCCAAGCUAUUCACAGCCUAAAGCUGAGCCGUAACCAUGUGGACUGGCACAGUGUGGAUGAAGUGUAUCUGUACAGUGACGCCACAACAUCCAAAAUUGCAAGGACUGUCACACAAAAGUUGGGUUUUUCCAAAGCUUCCAGCAGUGGGACAAGGCUACACAGAGGCUAUGUAGAAGAAGCCACGUUAGAGGACAAGCCACCCCAGACUAGCCACAUUGUGUUUGUUGUGCAUGGCAUUGGCCAGAAAAUGGACCAAGGAAGGAUCAUCAAAAACACAGCCAUGAUGCGAGAUACAGCAAGAAAAGUGGAAGAGAAGUAUUUUUCCAACCUUGCAACACACGUGGAAUUCCUUCCAGUGGAGUGGAGAUCAAAGCUGACCCUUGAUGGAGACACUGUGGACUCCAUAACUCCGGAUAAAGUGCGGGGUUUACGGGACAUGCUCAACAGCAGUGCCAUGGACAUCAUGUACUACACCAGCCCUCUCUACAGGGAUGAGCUGGUGAAGGGGCUGCAGCAGGAGCUGAACCGGCUCUACUCCCUCUUCUGCUCCCGGAACCCCGAGUUCGAGGAGAAGGGAGGGAAGGUCUCCAUCGUGUCCCACUCCCUGGGCUGUGUCAUCACCUAUGAUAUCAUGACUGGCUGGAAUCCAGUCAGGCUCUAUGAGCAGCUGCUGCAGAAGGAGGAGGAGGAGCUGGAGGAGAGUUGGAUGAGCUACGAGGAGCGGCGUUUGCUGGAGGAACUUUACCUAACCAAACAACGGUUGAGAGAGAUAGAAGAGAGGUUACAUGAGUUAAAGGCAUCCACCAUAUCAAAACCACCUGUCUUAAAAUUUAAGGUUGAGAAUUUCUUCUGUAUGGGAUCCCCCCUGGCCGUGUUCCUGGCCUUGCGCGGGAUCCGUCCCGGCACCAGCGGCAGCCAGGACCACAUCCUGCCCAGGACCAUUUGUAACCGCCUGCUGAACAUUUUCCAUCCAACAGAUCCAGUGGCCUACAGACUAGAACCCUUAAUCCUGAAACACUACAGCAACAUCUCACCCGUGCAGAUCCACUGGUACAACACAGCCAACCCCCUCCCUUACGAGCACAUGAAGCCAAGUUUCCUCAACCCCAGCAAAGAAGCUACCUCAGCCCCGGAGGGCGAGAGCGCCUCGGCGGCGCCCAGCCCCACCACGUCCCCGGUGAUGGUGCGGCGCCACUACGGGGAGUCCAUCACCAACAUUGGCAAAGCCAGCAUUUUGGGAGCUGCGAGCAUCGGGAAGGGCCUCGGUGGGAUGCUCUUCUCCAGGUUUGGCCGGUCCAGUGCCACCCCCCAGACCAUGGAGACGGGAAAAGAUGGACCUGAGGGGGAUGAGAAGAAGGCCACCGCCGCUGGGAGCCCACCUCUGCCACACAGCAGCUCGGGAUUCCUCGAACCCACAGUGGAACUGGAGCACAGGAUCGACUUUGAGCUCAGGGAAGGUCUCGUGGAGAGCAGAUACUGGUCUGCAGUCACAUCCCACACUGCUUACUGGUCAUCUCUGGAUAUUGCCCUUUUCCUCCUCACCUUCAUGUACAAGCAAGACCAAGAAGAGACUGACAAAUCCAAUUUGGACACUAUCUGAAUUUUGGACUGAGGACAGGAGAGGAAACUUUAAAAACCAACGGCACAAAGCAGAUGUUUGACUGCAGAGCUGCAGGACCUGUGGCAUGGAGGUUUCAGGUUUAAGUGCAUGUUUGGGGGGUUUUCCUAUUUCUAAAGAGGAAAGGUUAUUUGUAUUUCAAAGCACUUUAUAGUUUUCAACGUUUUGCAGUGCUGAAUUAGACCUGAAAGGAUUCCAAGUUCCUGUCAACUUGGACUGUACAAAGAGCCAGGACAGCAUUGUAGCAUCCCGUGAGCAGUUGUGCUUGGGUGACAUCCUUGUUAAUGACCAUAAUUGCUGUUUAGUUCAUUAAAAUAUUUUAAAAAAAAAAAAAUAGUGGGUUAAAAAAAAAAAAAAAAACAAAAAAAAACCACACCAACAAACCAAACCUAAAUUGAUUUCCAUUAACAAAAAGAAAAAAAAUACAUGUUCAGUACAAACCUAAACCUGCCAUGUGCUGAUGUUUCAUGUACCUGUGAAUAACAAGCAGUGGUGUCAUUUUUCCAGGACUUUAUUCAGCUCCACAUCCAGUUAUCCCCACAUUGGAAGCCCAUUCUGACUGCUGGCUUCUGAGGUCCUAUCCUGUGUGGCACAUUUAGAAACUAAUGCUGAACAGAAAAAAAAAGGAAAAAAAAAAAAGAAAAAGCAUGAGGCAAAUAUUUGAAAUACUGUAAUUAUAAUUUAUUAUUCUCUCUAAUCGUUUCAUUUUAUUCCAGUGUAUAAAACAUUACUUUUUUACUGAUUUCUUUUGACAUAAUUUAAGAACCACAUUUAUUUUCUACAGUGUUAAGACUUUUUCUCAGAAAUACAUAUCUUUGUACUACUAUUCAAAUGAAUAUAUGGACACUGUGGCACACUUUAAGUAUUUUUUCAUUAAAAAUAAAUAUUUGUGGUUUCACACAAA